CAUCAAAGUUACCCUUUUCAGAUUAGUAAUGCAUCCUCGGAAGUUAUAUCUUUCAGUCCAGUUCUGCCAUCUCAUCCAUGAUUUAAUUACACUAUUUAAAGAAAAGGAUAAAAGAAAAGAAAAGAAGCAGCUUGCAUGUUUCAUGUUGUGUGUGUUCUUCUUUUUUUGGCUGUCUUGUCCCCUCUGUAUUAAAUAAAGUAACCACACUUUCCUGACAAGCAAAGAAAAAAAAAAACUCAAUCCUGAGCAAGCAAUAUCAUUUUUUUUCAUUUAUUUAAAAUGGGUUGGUGCCUGUGGAUCUAAUGGUGUUACAUUUUGUGGGUUAAGAAAUUGGGUGGCAUUGGUGAAAGAAAGAAACCAGAACAGGAAGCUAUAAUCAGUGGGUCACCUUACUCUUUGAGAAGAAUUUAACUGCAGGGUAUCAUUUCUAAGAAUGUUGAUGUGUUUGCUAGUUUGAGUGGAAGCUAUCAAAUUACAUGAUGGAGAAUCGAAUCAAAGAAGAAGGAGAAAAGGAUUCUUAUCUUGAUUCUUCCACUCAAAAGAUCAAUCCAGGGGUACCUCCUUCUUUGAGCUGGGAAAGGCCACUGAAUAGCAAUGGAAAUGUACCUUUGGGGUUUACUCUAAGUUUUCGAGAAAUUUUGCACAUGCUUCCAAUAGGUUUGCGACUAUGGCGUUACUCUAAGGAAGAACCAACAAAAGGAAGAGUGCCAAUAUUUGAUUUUUCUAAAAAGCAUGUGAUUACUGGUGAUCAUGCUGUUCCUUUAGGUGGCAUUGGUGCAGGAAGCAUUGGGAGAAGCUACAAAGGAGAGUUUCAGUGUUUUAAACUGUUACCAUUAGCAUGUGAAGAAGGCCCCAUUUUGGCAAAUCAGUUUUCUGUUUUUGUUUCUCGCCCCAAUGGUAAAAAGUUUUCUUCUGUAUUAUGUUCAAGGAGGCCAGAGCUACCCACAGAAAUCAAAGGUUCAGGGAUUGAAUCUUGGGAUUGGAAUCUGAAUGGCGAAAACUGUACAUAUCAUGCUUUGUUUCCGAGGGCAUGGACAACCUAUAAAGGCCAACCAGACCCAGAACUUAAGAUUGUUUCUCAACAAAUCUCGCCAUUCAUUCCCCACAACUACAAAGAAAGUAGCUUUCCUGUAUCAGUGUUUACAUUCACGCUAUCUAACUUUGGAAGGACUUCAGCAGAUGUCACCUUGCUCUUUACAUGGGCUAAUUCUAUUGGCGGGGUCUCUGGAUCUUCCAGACAUCACUUCAACUCAAGCAUCAUGAAAAAAGAUGGAGUGCAUACAGUAACUUUACACCACAAAACAGGCGAUGGACAACCUCCAUUGACUUUUGCCAUUGCGGCGCAAGAGACACCUGAUGUACAUGUAUCUGAAUGCCCUUGUUUCCUGAUAUCUGGUAAUUCCCAGGGUGUAACAGCAAAAGACAUGUGGGAUGAAAUAAAAAAGCAUGGGACAUUUGAUCAUCUGAGCUACAAUAAAAUUUCACCUUCAGAAGGAGGAUCAUGCAUUGGAGCAGCAAUAGCAGCCACUUUAACUAUUCCUCCAGACACUAUUCGCACUGCAACAUUUUCAUUGGCAUGGGAUUGUCCAGAAGUAAGAUUUAGUGGAAGGACUUAUCACAGGCGUUAUACGAAAUUUUAUGGCACCCUAGGGGAUGCAGCUGCUGAUAUUGCACACGAUGCUAUUCUAGAGCAUGGUCAUUGGGAAUCCCAGAUAGAGGCAUGGCAAAGACCAAUUCUUGAAGACAAAAGACUUCCUAAAUGGUAUCCAAUCACACUUUUCAAUGAACUCUAUUAUCUCAAUGCAGGGGGAACAGUUUGGACAGAUGGAUCACCUCCAAUGCAGAGUUUUGCAGCCAUUAAGGGGGGAAAACUUACCCUUGAUAAGUCAAGGUCAGAGUUUGAAAAUGCAAGGCCUGUUGCUCACAGAAAUGACACAGCUGUUGAGAUCCUAAACAGGAUGGCAUCUAUAUAUGAGAAAAUGCAUAAUCCAGUAACCUCAAAUGCUGCUUUUGGAACAUAUUUGCUCCAAAAUGAUGAAGAAAAUAUUGGUCAAUUCCUCUAUCUUGAAGGUUCCGAGUACCUCAUGUGGAACACCUAUGAUGUUCAUUUCUACUCUUCUUUUGCACUUCUCAUGUUAUUUCCAAAACUGGAACUUAGUAUUCAAAGAGACUUUGCAGCAGCAGUAAUGAUGCAUGAUCCUUCUAGGAUGCAGAUUAUGCGUGACGGAAGGCGAGUUCCAAGAAAGGUUCUUGGUGCUGUUCCUCAUGAUAUUGGACUAAACGAUCCUUGGUUUGAAGUAAAUGCUUAUAACCUUAUCAGUACAGCUAGAUGGAAGGACUUGAAUCCCAAAUUUGUUCUUCAGAUAUACAGGGAUGUAGUUGCCACUGGUGAUAAAAGUUUUGCAUUAGCUGUUUGGCCCUCAGUAUAUGUUGCAAUGGCUUAUAUGGAUCAGUUUGACAAGGAUGGUGACGGAAUGAUUGAGAACGAGGGGUUCCCUGAUCAAACCUAUGAUACAUGGUCUGUUACUGGUGUGAGUGCCUAUUGUGGAGGACUCUGGGUGGCAGCACUCCAAGCUGCUUCAGCCCUGGCAUGUGAAGUCGGUGACAGUGAAUCUGCUAGCUUCUUCUGGGUUAAAUAUCAGAAGGCAAAAGCUGUGUAUAGCACAUUAUGGAAUGGUUCCUAUUUCAAUUAUGACAGCAGCGGUAACAGCUCUAUUCAUGCCGAUCAGUUGGCUGGGCAGUGGUAUGCUAGAGCAUGUGGUCUUUCUUCAAUUGUUGAUGAAGAAAAAGUGAGGAGUGCCCUGGAAAAGAUUUAUAAGUUCAAUGUCCUCAAGGUGAAAGAGGGAAAGCGAGGGGCAGUGAAUGGGAUGCUGCCAGAUGGAAAAGUUGAUAUGUCAGUUAUGCAAUCAAGAGAAAUAUGGCCAGGAGUUACAUAUGCUCUUUCUGCUUCUAUGAUUCAAGAAGGUAUGGCAGAAAUGGCAUUUCAGACUGCAUCUGGUAUCUAUGAAGCUGCAUGGUCCCAAGAAGGUCUUGGAUAUUCAUUUCAGAUUCCAGAAGGGUGGAAUACUGAUGACCAGUAUAGAUCACUUUGUUACAUGCGACCCUUGGCAAUUUGGGCAAUGCAGUGGGCACUAUCAAAGCCUAAAGUCUUCAAAGAGGAGAUGAAGCUGCUCAGCUUGGCUGCUGAUGACAGGUUGCAUCCUAGUCAAAAUGCAGGAUUUUCCAAGGUUGCUCACCUUCUGAAAUUACCAGAUGAUGAAGGUUCUAAUAAAAGCUUCCUGCAAUCUGCAUAUGAAUUCACUUGCAGAAGAUUGCCAUUGUAACUAUAUAUAUAUAAACGACAUGCGUCCCUGCUAAAAUAAUUAAAAUCCAAAUUUAAUAUGUCAA